UAUCAAUUAGUCUGUAAAUAGGCAAUCACACUGUCAGUAGUGGCGUAGGCCCAGUCACCUCCACAGACGUUAACACAACCGCGAUGGAAGCUAGUGCAGUGUUGGUGGUGUUGUUCCUCACUGUGGCAGUGAAAGGGCAAGUGUUCGACUAUGAGCUGUAUGAGCGAGCGCUGGACGAGGCGGAGUGCGAGCGCCAGCUCGACUACCUACGGACCAACUUCUCCGCCACCACCAUCAAAUUCCUGGACGCGAGCGGCAAGAUCCCGGUGGGCGUGACGGCGGGCAACAUGCACGACCUGGGCGACUACUUCAUGUGCCUGCGCAUCAGCGAGCAGCUAGACGACAUGUUGCUGCAGGGCAAGUGGUGCGCCGUGAUCGUGCCACUGGACCAGCUGCAGCGGCGGCUGCCCGCGCGCCGCUCCCGGGACCACGUCACCACGCUGCUGCAGAUCAGGGACAUGCAGAGAGAGGAGGCCAAUUUGAAGAAUGUCCCGUUUAUUGAUCAUGUUGACAAUAGAGUGAUUCCGUCGUUGACGUCGACGACGGGUCUGACGCUGGGCGUGUGCGUGCCGCGGGCGUGCCGGGCGGCGCGGGCGGUGGGCGCGGCGCUGGGCGUGCUGGGCCCGCUGGGGCGGAACAUCACCGUCAACGAGAGCUUCUGCCGCCUGCCGAACGACAAGCCCUACGUGGCCGCCGACUACGUCGCCUUUGGAGUGAUAGCAGUCCUCGGCGCGGUGACCGUCGCCAGCACCAGCUACGACGUACUUCACACAGUGCUGAAGAAAAGACAUCCGUCAUCAUCGCGCGCGUUGUACCGCAGCUUCUCCCUCUACACGAACACACGUCGCCUGCUGACGGUGGGCCCGGGGGCGCCGGGCGCGCUGGACUGUGUGGACGGCAUCCGCGCCAUCUCCAUGCUGUGGGUCGUCGUGGGACACACCUUCGCGCUCACGCUCUCCAUGCCCGUGCAGAACCUCGUCAUCGCCAUGGAGUGGAUCCGCUCGGCCGCCAGCAUCUGGCUGACGGCGGCGACGUGCAGCGUGGACACGUUCUUCACGCUCAGCGGGGUCCUGUGCGUCUACUCCACCAUCGGGAAACUUAAUCGUACGCAAUUCAUCAAGUACAUCCCGCUGUUCUACCUGCACCGCCUGCUGCGCAUGUUCCCGCUGCUGGCGGCGGCGGUGCUGCUGCAGGCGUCGCUGCUGCACCGGCUGGGCGACGGGCCGCAGUGGGCCAGCAUGGCCUGGGCCGUGCAGACCUGCCGCUCCUACUGGUGGAGCGCGCUGCUGCACAUACAGAACUUCACUAAUGUCAAUGAAAUGUGCCUUGGCCAGGCGUGGUACCUGUCAGUGGACGUGCAGCUGUACAUACUGUGCCCGCUGGUGCUGGUGUGGCUGUGCCGCCCCCGCGCCCCCGCGGCCCCCGCCAUCCCGCCCGCCCCCGCGCCCCGCGCCGCCCCCCUCGCCCCCCGCUCCGCCACCGCCGCGCUCGCCGUCGCUGUCGCCGCCUCGCUCAUCGCCGUGUCUGCCUAUAGCUUCUCCAAUAACUGGCCAGCCAGCAUGCUUAACUUUGCGCGUCUGCGGAACAUGUCUACGUACAUGAAGAAGUACUACAUGAACACGCUGUCGCGCGCGUCCCCGUUCUGCGUGGGGAUGGUGUUCGGCUACUGGCUGCACGUGUGCCGCGAGCGCCCGCUCGUGCUGCGGAGGCGCGUGCACCUGCCCAUCUGGGCUGUGGCCCUCACGUCGCUGGCUCUGAUCAUCUACUCAGUGUACCCCACGACCACGGCUGGUGAGGAUAAGCAGCUGCUGGACAGCUUCCUCAACUCCUACACCCGCGCGGUGUGGGCGGCCGCAGUGGGCUGGGUCGUACUGGCUUGCGCGCAGGGCUACGGAGGUCCCAUCAACUGGUUCCUGUCGCUGCGCGCGUGGAAGCUGCCGGCGCGGCUGUCGUACGGCGUGUACCUGCUGCACUACCCGCUCAUCUUCCUGAGCAACAGCAGCGCCAUCCACAGCCACUACUUCUCCGUCUCCGAGUCCAUGUACCGGUUCUGGGCGGACCUGACCCGUGCGACCGUAGCAGCGCUGGUGUUGGGCGUGGCGGUGGACGCGCCGGCCAGCGCGCUGCAGAAGAUGCUCUUCACACGCCUGCAGCCGCACGGAAAAUCCCAGAAGAAAACUGAAUCUCAAGAAACAGCGGCCGCAGAAGAUAUCAGCAAGGCUAACGUCUGAUGUAUCAACAUGUUAUUAUAAUAAAAUUAUGUUUAAAAUAUUUACACUUAUAGAACGUA